ACGCGGCCGGGCUCGGGGCAGCGGCGCUCUCAGUCGUAGCCGUCGCCGCUGUCGCCGCCAUCAUGGGGAAGUCAUUCGCUAACUUCAUGUGCAAGAAGGAUUUUCACCCAGCCUCCAAGUCCAACAUCAAGAAGGUAUGGAUGGCAGAACAGAAAAUAUCUUAUGAUAAGAAGAAACAAGAAGAGCUAAUGCAACAGUAUCUUAAAGAACAAGAAUCUUAUGAUAAUAGAUUGCUUAUGGGUGACGAGCGGGUGAAAAAUGGUCUUAACUUCAUGUAUGAGGCCCCACCUGGAGCAAAGAAAGAAACGAAAGAGCAAGAGGGAGAGACUGAAUACAAAUUUGAAUGGCAGAAAGUAGCUCCGCGAGAAAAAUAUGCUAAGGAUGACAUGAAUAUCAGAGAUCAACCAUUUGGUAUCCAGGUGCGGAAUGUGAGGUGUAUUAAAUGCCACAAGUGGGGCCAUGUUAACACUGACCGAGAAUGUCCUUUGUUUGGUCUUUCUGGAAUUAAUGCAAGUUCAGUUUCCAACGAUGGUUCAGGGCCAUCAAUGCACCCCUCGGAGCUAAUAGCGGAGAUGAGAAACAGUGGGUUUGCACUGAAACAAAAUGUACUGGGGAGAAACUUGACCGCAAAUGAUCCAUCACAGGAAUUUGUUGCAAGUGAAGGAGAUGACGACCCAGAAGUUGAAUUUUUAAAAUCACUGUCAACUAAACAAAAACAGAAGCUUCUGAGGAAAUUGGAUCGUCUAGAAAAGAAAAAGAAAAAGAAAGAUAAAAAGAAGAAAAAGCAAAAGAAAAAAAGCAGAAGUAAACACAAAAAACGUAAGAUGGGAUCCUCUUCCUCAUCCUCCAGCGAAACUUCAGUAAGCAGCGGUGAUAGUGAGACUGACAGUAAAGAUAAAGCAGCACAAAAGAAGAGGUAUUCUAAGAAAAGAAAAAAAGACAAGUUUUCAGAGGCAAGCAGCAGUGAUUCAGAAGAGAAGGCAAAGACUAAGAAGGAAAAACUUUACGAAGAUCCCUCAAGUAGUCACGGUAACAAGGACAAGGAUAGAGAGAAGCACAGACUUUUGAAGCAAGAUAGUUCUGGAGAGAACAACAAAUGGAGCUCCUGCAAGAGCGAAAGAAUGUCUGAAAGCAGAAACCAUGGCGCUGACAAGAGAGAGACCGAAGGGCAUGAGAAGGUUAGCAGAAACCCAUACAAGUAUGAGCAGAGCUGGAGAAGUUCCGGCACAAGUCACAGGAGUUAUAGGCACAAGCAGACAAGACGAAGUCCAAGUCAAAGCCCCAGUAAUGAAUGGCACAGAAAAAGUGGAACCAGAAGCCCCAGUGCAGAUGUGUACAGAGAGAAAAAGAAAUAUAGAGACAACUAUAGAGAUUAGCGCAGUAAAGCAGAACACGGGGAGAAGAGCAGAAGCAGACAGAGAGAUCGAAAAAAUAGGUAGUGCAGGUGACCAAGGCAAAUAAAAAUGUCUCCCUUUUUGUUUUAAUACCUUGUAACAAGGGCUCACUUAUGCACUGCUGUCUUUCUGAAUAAUCUGUUUGCAUUUCUCCAACUCUUAUAGACUGUCACUUACAUAAAAGAGCAUCCAUUCUGUAAUAAUUUUGGAAUAUUUGUAAAUUAGGUACAAACUGUCUGGUAUUUUUGAGAGAAAAAAAUUGUUGGUAAAUAUUUCUUGUAUUCAUGUAGCAAGCCUUUUGUAAAUAAUGCCUACUUUGUUCUGAAGUAUUAAGUCUGGUACAUACGCUUGGAUUUUAUGGGUAUUAUUUUUCAUUGCUUUUAAGACAUUACUAUUUUGGGAAGAAAAGGGUAAUUUUGGAAGAGUCCCAGGAGCUUAAGCAAUGCCAAACAACAUUUUGGAAAGUGCAAGAUACAAUCACUACUACUUCAGAUCUCAGAAUAUUAGUUGUUUGGUUUUCAUUUAGCGGGACUAUUGUUUUUAGAAGGAGCUUUUAUACUGAAACAAUUUUUUCAGAAGUUCUACUUAAGAGAGUAAUUUCAUGAGUUAAAGUAACAGUGAAACAUAGAUUAUCAUAAAUAUAUAGCUAACUUUUUGACCUCCUGCGGUGUACAGCUUAGCCAGGAGUAUUUAAACAUCUUGAAUCCCUGUCAGUAUGCAUCAGUACCAUGUCCGUUAUUGUCCAGUAAUUUCUGAAGACGUAGCAAACAUCCUUUUCAUCUCAGCUGUUUCCAGGUAUUUCAUUUUAUGAAAUUGAAAGAUAAUUUAAAUACUCUUUUCUUGCUUUGACUUGCAGCAGUUUGACCUGAUUAUUUUUCUGACGAUUUUGUGGAUUAUUUUCUCCCAUACCACAAAAAUAAAUGUACUUAAAAUAAAUUCUUUUAUUCUCUAAAA